UUUUCCUGAAAGACAAAACCAUGGAUGUGAAUUUUUCUCAAUUUGUUGCUUCUUGUUUUUCAUUCUUUAAUAUAUAUUUUCCCCCCAUUGCCAUUUCCUUUCCUAGUUAAAAUCGUAAAGUAACAUAUUAGGAACUGGUAAUAGGUGGGAUCUGACUUGGAUUGUGGAAACUAACGUGUGAUGGGGGCCCAUUUCUAACGUGUCAUGGUCAUGGGUGAAAAAGCAAAGCAAUCUUCUUUGAUUUUGCAUGUAUAUGUGAUGUUUUUUUCCUUCUUUUCCACCUAACAUGCUAGAAUUAAUCUGCUCUUCAUAUAAUUUGAUGGAUGAUGUGUGUGAUGAUUAAAAUGGGUCAUUGCCUCAUUGGCCUUGCUUUUUCUCCCCUCCCCUGUGCCUUUCAUGACUGAACAUAGACUUCAAAGGAAUGCUUUGGGCCACACAUCAAAUACAGACAUGAAUCGGCAGCAAUCAGUGGAGCACAUGCAGGAAAGCAGGUUUCAUCCUACAAGCUGGGACCAGUAUGGCCUAAUGUCUUGCAUUGUCUUUAAGUUUAACUUCCCAAAGUUUUUUUUUUUUAACCUCAAUCACGGCAGAAAUGAAGAAAAGUUUUCUCUCUUUUAAUUCUUUUUGGUCAAAGUCUCAGAAUAUGAAAACGUGUUUCAAAUUAGAAGAUAAAACUUACCACAUUAUCCAUUUAUAACUCAUCCCACUACAAUUUAACAUUUUCCAAAAAAAAAAAAACAACUAAUUUUAUCUUUAUCUUUCUUUUAAAGAAAAAUUGAUCAUGUCCAACAAUGUUUUUGGUAGUUAGACAACCUUUUGAUGACUUUCCAUUACCAAUUUCCUUACGAACCAAAAACCAGAUUCAUUCGGUACAUCCACAAUCUCAUGAUCCGAUCCAGUUGCUUUACUUUAAAUCUAACUUUAACCAACAUCGCAUGUUCACUUCUACUCUCCUUUUUCCUUCCAAUUUUUUUAUUAACUACUUAUUUCCAUUUAAACAAAUAAAAACAAUGAAAGAUACUUGAGAUAAUCGACUGCCGAGUGCCGACGAAAAUCUUAUAAAGAAAUCCACUAUGGCUUGGUCCCCUCCUUUUAUAUAAGUCCCUAGAUGCUCCUCUAACUCUCCCCCUUUCUUUUCCUCUCCUUUACCUCCUCUUGCUAAUUACUUUCCUUUCUCUUUGCCUUUCUGUUUCCCUUCAUUGUUCUUUCUUUUGUUUCAAUGGGUUUCUUUGUAGAAGAUCCAGGGCUAAUUGUAACCCAUCUUCUCUAUAAAACAGCUGUUGUUUUAGCAGUUUUAAGGUGGGUUUUGUCUUGGGCUGUUAGGUUUAAAGACAUAAGCUUCUUUACUUGUGUUACUUUUUCAUCCGACUCCCAACACAACUCUUCUUCUUCUUCUUCUUCUUCUUCCUUGGUUUCUUCACAAAUGAUUAGAGACAGUCUGGCGCUGACAACCUUGGAAGAUGCUAAGGAAAGGCUGCCUUGGGUUUCUGACACGUGUGCAGUCUGCUUGAGUCAGCUGAAGGAAGGUGACGAGGUCAGAGAACUGAGGAACUGUCGCCACUUGUUCCAUAAAGAUUGCAUUGACAGAUGGGUUGACUAUGGUCAAGAUCACGACCACGAUUAUGAUCAUGAUCAUGACAAUGAUGACGAAGAUAAUCACAAGACUUGCCCCCUUUGCAGGGCCCCUUUACUCACUUCGCAAAGCUUGGGCUGGCCUAAGAAUGAACCCAGCUGGGCUGUCGAGCGGCUACUCUACCUAUUUGGGGAUGAUCUCCUCCCUUGAUCCACAUAAUUAUCUAUUUUUUUAGUCUUUUUUCCUCUUUUUUUUACAUAUUGUUUGCUCAAUUGAUCAUGGAGAUAGAGCUUGGCACAUAUUAUUGUAUAUUUAGCACUCAAUUGAUAGUUUGUGCAUGGCGAAAAGGGUCAAUUUGGUUCUUUGGGGUAUUUUGUUCCUUGGGUAGUUGUAUAUGUAAAUAUACGUCUUAAAACUUUUUGUAUUCUUCUCAUUGUCAUGACGAGCCUAUUUUCUUUGAGUUUUAAGUAACUGUAACCUUUUUUUUUUUUUUA